AUGAAUGAUGCAUCAAGUUUCCAAAGAUUCCAUAAUAAAUUUUCAAACAAUGAAUUGAAACAAUCUCAAAUUAACCAAAGACUUAAAAAUAUAAAUUUAACAAAACGUUUAAUAUCGUAUGAACGCUACAUAAAAGCUAUACCAAAAAAUAAGAGAAAUCCAAAUUUAAAAAAUGAUUGGCAUCCGGAAACACCUCGAAUUAAUAAACAAUUAAGUGUAUCACAAUGGAAUAAAGAAAUAAAAAAAUGGAGAAAACAAAUACACGCAUGGGGUAACAUGCCUGAAUAUGUUUAUAAACAUAUAUGUAACUUAUCAAUUGUAGAUAGAAAUAAAUAUUUAUCAGAAUUAAAAUUACUUGAACUAAGUCAGGUGGAUAUUAAUAAUUUAAAAAAAAAAAAUGAGCAAUGUUCAGAAAUUAUAAUGAACAAUAUUUUAUUAAUUCCUGAACAAAAUAAUAAUACAAAUAGUUGUGCAAAGAAUGAAAUAAUAGAAAAACCGUUUUUUUUUCUCCCCCAAAAUUUUAGUGGAACUAUAUUAAAUGACCAGUUAAUAAUUAUUAAGCAAAAAUAUUUAGAAACAUCUCUAUAUUCAUUGCGACAAAAAUAUACCCCAAAAUACGCACAUUUAUUUGAUGCAUAUAAUAGUUUAUACCUUAUGGAAAGGGACCCCAAUUUAAAUUGUAAAAACGAGACAAAGGAGCAACAAACUAUCAUCGUAAAGCUAAAUAAAAAAUGCAAUGAUAGUUGUAAAAAUGACGAAAUUAAAACUAGUCAAGAUAUUCUAAAAGAAUAUAUGAAUAAGCAAGAAAUGCAAGCAUCGAAAUAUUUACAUUCUACAAAUACAAAAAAAAGUAGUAACCAUAGAAAAGGGAAAAGACAUUUUUAG